UUCAAUGAUUUAUAUACUUCCUACGUCAUCUUUUGUACCCUCCUUAUGUCUGUGGUGAUACUAGUAAUAAGCAUCUUCAACGCUGAAUUUUAUACAGUUGUGCCAUCAAUACCAUGCUCUCGAUUAGCACUGAUAGGAAAAAUUAUUCACCCUCAGCAAGUUAUCCAUUCAGUUGUUCAUGCUGUAAUGGGAAUGUUGGUCGCUUGGUGCGCUGCAGUUAUGACAAAAGGGAAGUUCCAGUUCCUUGCUGUGCCCUGCACACCUCCAGAAAGCCUAGAUGAUGCUGUUCCUCAGAUGUGCCUAAAUGAAUAUCACCUCUUUUUUCUACUUUCUGGAGCUUUCAUGGGAUACAGUUAUAGUCUUUUGUAUCUUAUUAACAAUAUGAAUUAUUUGCCAUUUCCAAUCAUACAGCAAUACAAGUACUUACGUUUCAGAAGAUCUUUGCCUCUCCUCAUUAAACACAGUUGUGUGGAAUCACUAUAUUUCGUUAGAAACUUCUGUGCCGCAUAUUACUUUUUUGGUUAUAUCCCAAAGGUAUGGAUAAGUACCACAAUGGAUCUUCAUAUAGACAGAAAAUUGCAUCCUCUUGACACUUUGACUGGCUUAUUGGAUAUCUCCUUGUUUUACCAUGCCUGGUUAUGUGGCGUAUUUCUCCUGAUCACCUGGUACAUUGCAUGGUUACUCUUCAAAAUCUAUGCUACAGAGACACAUCAUUUUCCUAUCCAGCCGACUUUUGCUGAGGAGACAGACCAGUGCCUGCCUAAAAUCUUAAACAGCAACCCUCCGCUCAUUAUAAAGUUUUUAGCCUUACAAGACUUGAUGUUACUUUCCCAGUAUUCUCCUGUUCGACGACAGGAAGUCUUUAGCCUUAGUCAGCCAGGUGGGCACCCGCACAACUGGACUGCAGUAUCAAGGGAGUGUUUGAGUCUUCUCAGUGAUCUGACCCAGAGGCUGAUCACACAGCAGGAAGCUGCAGCAGCAAAUGGGAGAGCAAAGCAGCCAGCAGGAGAGCUGAAAGGAUCUCCACAGGCUCCAGGAGCUGUUGUGCAGGAAGACAUGUCUUUCCAGUCACCGAGGUCUAAUAUUCCCAGAGCCUCCAUGUCUUCACUGGUUAAAUCAUCCCUAAUGCCUUUAAAGACAUCGCCUGGGUCUGAUGUUGGUUCGCCUUUCAGCUCACCUGCUUUAAAUUGCAAGAUGGGAAUUCUGGAUGUCAGCUCUCCUUGGCAUGGAUCAGUCCAAAGUCCUCGUGUUAUGAGAAGGGGACCAAAGCUGUGGACGUCAGGUUCAGAUCUGCAAAUGAAUGGUUCCCACCACGAAUCCUUCCCAGUGCUCUCUGCUGCAAGAGUUGGCAGUGAGGCAGUACAGCCGAGCUUUAUUUACACAUGGCUUCAGAACAAGCAAGAACAGAUAAAAAACUUUUUGUCAAAACGAGUGCUGAUAAUGUAUUUCUUCAGCAAGCAUCCAGAAGCCUCCAUCCAAGCUGUCUUCUCUGAUGCCCAAAUGCACAUGUGGGCUUUGGAAGGUCUGUCUCAUUUGGUAGCAGCCUCCUUUACUGAAGACCAAUUUGGAGUUGUCCAAACCACACUACCAGCUAUCCUGAAUACUUUACUGACUCUUCAGGAGGUUGUAGACAGACAUUUCAAACUGCCUCAUGUUUCUAGCAAGCCCCCCAGGAUUUCAGGAAGUCUGGUGGACACGUCCUACAAAACGCUACGAUUUGCACUUAGGGCAUCUCUGAAAACAGCACUAUACCGGAUAACUACUGUCUUUGGAGAGCACUUAAAUGCAGUGCAAGUGUCUACAGAACAUAAGAAAAGACUUCAGCAAUUCUUGGAAUACAAAGAAUAAAUGACAUUUUGAUGCAGCUACGUUUUUUUUUUCAACACUCUUGGUGAGAAGAAAGUGGGACUAAUGAGCCUUUUUAUCUUGGCUCUUUGGAAAAGCAUAUGGGAGUACAAGUCGCAGAACGAAACUCUUAAAACUUUAGAAGAGCUCUUCCUGGUUUGGAUAAUUUUUUGUAUAAUAAAACUUUUUUAAAAAUUCC